AGCAGUAGACGCGGCGGGACACUCCGUGUUUGGUACGUGGGAAAUAACGAACUUCUCCAUCCAUUCGCUACUUGCGUUCUGCAACUUUGCACCCUUGCGCUUCUCAAAGGACCUCUUCUACCGCCAAAGAAUAUAACAAUCCUCGCCAAAGCAGCAAGAUGCCGAUCUCAGACUUCCGCAAGAACAAGCUCCUCUACGUCUUCAACGUUUUCUUCGAUGUCAAUCAGAGCGGCACCAUCGAGAAGAAGGAUUUCGAACUAGCUAUUCAGAAGAUUUGCCAAAACAGAGGCUGGGCUCCUGGCAGCCCGAAAAAUCAGCAGACUCACGACAGUCUGCUCAAGGUCUGGGACGGUCUUCGGCAGCGUGCCGACGCCAACCACGACGGUCAGGUGAGCCGCGACGAGUGGUGUUCGAUGUGGGAGGAGUACGCCAAGGACCCUACGCACGCUUUGGAAUGGCAACAGCGCUACAUGAACUUCAUCUUCGACCUGGAGGACACUUCCGACGACGGACGCAUUGACGAGGAGGAAUUCACCAGCGUUUGUACAACCUACGGCAUUCCAAUAAGCGACUGCAGAACCGCGUUCAGCAAACUGUCGGGACAGAAGAAAGAGGUUACACGCGAGGAGUUUACUGAACUUUGGAAAGAGUACUUUUCCUCCGACGAUCCGUCAGCGCCUGGCAACUUUAUAUUUGGCAAAAAUUCGUUUAAUUAAACUAAAACAUCUAUUCAGCGCAAUAAAUACACCCUACCCUGUAUCCACGUAUAACAAAGCUCCUAUGCAUUCAUUGAACGUCGUGUAAUAAACGAAUUAUCCUAUCACUAGUCCUAGCCAAGCCAUAUCUACGAUAUUGUAAUAAUAUCAAUAAAAUAAUAUUAGUAAGAACAUAAUAAUGAUAACGAUAACGGUAAAUCGAGCGUACGCGUAAUAAACAUAUUUAUUACGCGACACAAUGCGAAGAUCGUCGAGUCAUUGAAAAGGAGUCUGUAUUAUUAUUAACUAACACUACAACGAUGAUGUUCAAUCAAUAUUGUUCACCGGCGAAGUUACCCGACGAUCAGCUUGAUACGUAUAUAUGUCAAAAAUUUGAUCGAUUAUUAUAAUUCUUCGAAUGUUAUCGUAGUUUUCACAGAGAAUUCGCAGUGUGAGCUGUGACCUCUUGUUUGGUUAAUUUCUUUUAAUGAUGUCUAGAGUUGAGCAGGACGAUGGAUGCAGACUGUAAUUCAGAAUAUAUCUAUAUAUAUAUCUAUAUAUAUUUAUAUAUUUAGAUAUGUAUAUAUAUAUUUCUCGACCCUUCGCAUUUUGAAACAAUGAGAUAAAUCUUAUGAUUAGUGUUCUAUGAUAUAUAAUAUGUAACAAAAAGAGAAAAUG